AUGGGCCAAGUCAUAGGGAUUGUAGUGGCUAAAGAAUCAGAAGUAGCUCGUCGUGCAGGAAGACUCGUUAAAGUUCAAUAUCAAGAACUACCAGCGGUGCUCACAAUGGAGGAAGCCAUAGCGCGACAGUCUUAUCACCUGGAACCACACUAUUUCGGAGUCAGCCGCGAUGCGGUCGAGGAUGAAUUUGCAAACUGUGAAAUUGUUCCACAAAAAGUGGCUGCCAGGACCACUGUUACAUGGAACCACAAGGUAGUAUUGUUGUACCAGAAAGAAAUGAUGAAUGGUAAUCACUACUGCUAA